UUGAUUCCACGUUGGCCCGGACGUGGCAGUCGCGGUGAAUCAGAGCAGCCGGAACCGAGAGAAGCCUCCAUCACCGCCUCUCUUCUGCCGGAACCCAGCAGCGUUUCCCCGCCGACGACACUCGCCUGUCCCCCGCAGCCAUGGGCCUCACGCUGACCUCCCUCUUCGACCGGUUCUUCGGUAAAAAGCAGAUGCGGAUCCUGAUGGUCGGGCUGGACGCUGCAGGAAAAACAACCAUCUUGUACAAACUGAAGCUUGGAGAAAUCGUGACCACCAUCCCAACCAUUGGUUUCAAUGUGGAGACGGUAGAAUAUAAAAAUGUUAGUUUCACUGUGUGGGACGUCGGUGGACAGGACAAGAUCCGACCUCUCUGGAGACACUACUUCCAGAACACACAGGGCCUCAUCUUCGUAGUGGACAGUAACGACAGAGAUCGAGUGGAAGAGUCUGCAGAAGAACUCUCAAAGAUGUUGCUGGAGGACGAGUUGAAAGACGCCGUUUUGCUGGUUUUUGCUAACAAACAGGACCUCCCCAACGCCUUAUCAGUCAGCGAACUCUCAGACCGACUUCGCCUGCAGACUCUCCGCAACAAAAAUUGGCACAUUGAGUCCACCUGCGCCACCCAAGGCACUGGGCUGUAUGAAGGAAUGGACUGGCUAUCCAAAGAACUUUCCUAGUAAUGAAGGACGGGCUGGACAGAGAGUGAGAGACUGAACACCACAGCACAGGAGAGAGAGAAGGCACAGACAUUCAUACAGAAACAUUUGGUCUUCAAGCACCGAUGUUCAAAGAGGGACAAGGCUGGUGGACAAUAUAAUCAUCUUUUGGGAAAUUUUACUAUUACUUGUUUCUUAUUUUGUUAUCAGUGCGAUUAACAUAUUAUCUUUUCACUUUCGGUACUUUAUCCAUUUGUUACCAAACUCUUCAACAAGUUUUAAUCAAGUUACACAUUGAGCAAAUGGCUUUAUAUGGAAAUUAAUCAGAAACAAUAAUCAGCAAGUGGCUUUUCCAAUCGACACCUUGGCUUCUGCCGAGGCAGCAUUUGCAGUAAUCAACCACUUGCCUCAUCAUUGGACUGCUAGUCAUCGUUGAGCCUAAGUCAAGUGGGGGGGAGGGGGUGAUGAUAAAGUUUUGGGGACGGACAUCUUUUAAGCUGCCGCAGCUGUUUGAGUCCCUUGUGGGUUUUCGAUUCCCUUGCAGACCUGACUCUGUCCUCUUCACUGCUCUGCCCUCGAUCUCAUGCCAAAUCAUUUAUCUUCAGGCCUGAACGAGACGGAGGAUUGCAGUGAUUUCGCAGAUAGAUUUUGUCGAUGACCACGUGGCCUCUCUGUAAAUGGAUCCAAAAAAGGAACAUUGUGCCUUCUGGUCCCUCUACACAAAUCUGACUAAUCCUUCCCUCAUCUCAUUCGUAGGUCAUGCUCCCUCCUAAGAUGCAUUUGUGACUUUUUUAGCUUUUGAAAGAGAAAAUAUUGCAAUAGCAUUCUUCCAAUUAUGCUACAGUGCAUGGUGAGGUGCUGCAGAAUCACAAUCGGUCGAGUAUACUUGACUGUACCAUAAACCAGGAAUCGAUCCCGUUUGAACAUUUGUGAAGUCGUCCUCACUCCUCUUCCUUUCUUUUUAACAACCACAAUGAAAACUGAUCCAAUAAAAAUCUCGGUUCCUGUAUUGUCUCUGAAAGUAAAUCUUAUUUAACCCUAAAAGGGGAAGGAAGCAUCUUUAAGUGUUGACAUGAGGCCAAUGUCAGCGCGGUUCACUAAAGUAGCAUGUUCUUUUGUGUCGCUCUGGGUUUGUUUAGGCAGUGCUUAGUGCUGAGUUUGUUGUACUGGUUGUUGGUAAGUCCUGUAUUGUAUUCUUCAUCAUGCGAAACACAAACACUUACCUGCCCAUCGAUUUAUUUGGGUCAUACAUUCCAACCUACGCUUGCAGAUUCUUCAGCUGCUGGUAUUGAAUAUUAUUCGCUACAAAUAUUUUACAAAAAAGCUCUGAAUAAAGCCAGUGUUUGAAAAUA